UAGCAGUCUAAUGCAAAUGUACUAACUUACUUGCUUUCUUUAGUCAGGGUAACAUCUACUUAGUUGCGUAUUGAUUACAGCAAUGGAUCAGUCUCUUGAGCUUGGUAUUUUGAGAAUUAAAGAUGAAAAUUUGGUGUUGCCUUGGCCAACAACUUGUGGGCAACUACAAGCCAAUGGCGGAAGGAUUCUUGAAAUUAACAAAGAUGAUCUUAUGCCAAUUUGGCCAUUUGCAGAAUUACAAAAAGCAGCUCAAAAGAAGUUAGAGGAAGCACUGCAAUUCGUGAAUGAAUCAUUUGAAACUCUGAUGCGUUCUGUGAAUGAAAUCAGAGAACGUGAUUAUGAAAGUUCAUCUGAAGAUGCGCCAAGAGUUAUGAUACCUCCGGUGACUCCACACACAAAGAAAACGAAAAGAACAAGAGCAAGAAAGGGUCAACCCAGAGUUAAUAGAAGGAGUACAAGAUCUUCAAGGAUGAAAUCAUCAAUUUCUAAUUAUAUCGAAAAUGGUAUUGAAGGACAUAAAAUAUUAAUGCCUGCCGCAACAAAGAAGAAGAAGAAUGUUAAAAUGAACGUUAUUGAGGCUGAAGCAAUGACACCAGACAAAAAACUGAGCAUUGAUCAAAAUAAAACCGAAAGUGAAUCGAAUAAUGAUCUGAAUAUGUUAGAGCUAGAUCCUCAGUCUCCGCAUAAUGAACUUCAAGAAUCAAAAGCAUUACAGGAUAAUCCAAAACCGUUAUUACUCAACACUGAGUCUGACGAAACUUCCGAAGUAGUGCAACAAACCAUCCAGCAGGAAACAGAAAAAGAAAUUGAAACUGCUGACAUUGAGCAACUAAUAUCUCUGCAUGAGACAUUGAUUAAAAGUCAUCAGAAGUCUGCACUUGCUCCACUAAGUUCAAGAAAAGUGUCAGAAGGUCAGUAUGAUACUGAUGUAAACAGUGCAUCACCUGAUUUUAAGCAGGAUGAAAACGAACUUAAUGAUGUAAAGAAAAGCAGGUCUAUGGAAGAACAAGUUUUCUCAUGCAAACAAAGGAAUCCUGUUAUUAACAUUGCCAAGUUAAAAAUGCCAGAAUUAUCUCUAAUUACGAUUCAAGGUUCUCCUCAAGUACCGUUAACAUUAACAUUUGAUGCAUCAGAUGAAGAGGAUAUUGCAGAUAGUCUGGAAGAGACGACAGAAGAUGAACCGGAACAACGAAAAUCGAUAAGGCUACAAAACCUAGUUUCUAACACAAUAAAAGAAACUCCAGUUGGAACAGUUCCCUCAAAUGCAUUAUGUGAGAUUCAAGAACAAGUGCUAGAGAACACAAAUACAACAAUGUCGCAAUCAGUUUCACUCUGUUCAUCAUCUGCCAAUACUGUUGUGUUAGAUAGUGAAGAUCAGUCGAGUAUGUCUCAAGAUAGUUGUUCAUCAGAGACUGAAGAACAAGAGAACACUCCACCACGUCGAAGUACCAGGGCUAGUAAAAGGCCGAGUCUAAUUGCUGGAUUAGCUUCAAAACGCUUAUCUACACCUGCAAAAUUUGCAGCAAAGCGAAUUGCCGCUAAUAAAAAGGCUUAUGAAAAAAAUCUGUUAGUCAAAAACACAGAAGACACUGAUGAUUCCAGUGAUGAAAGUUCAGAACCUAAGAAGCCGAAAAUAACAAAACCUGUACCGGUCCUGCGAAAGAAAUUGACUAUUCCUAACAAAUUGCCAGUGAGCUCUUCAUCCAAACGUGUUAUGCCAAGAACGAAGCGCAAUCUUGCCGAAAUAGAAAGUGGUAGUAUGUUAUCCCCAUCUCAACCGAGGCAAAAGUACAUGAAGUGUGUUAGUCCAUUAUGUCUCGAUAAAACAAAGUUGAAGAAACAGCCUGCUAGUGUACAGAAAUCUCGCAAUACGUUUCUGAAUAGAUCUACAGCGUCGAGUCGUGCCAGGCGAACACCGGGGCCACAAACUCCCUCACGUACCCGUGGGUUUGCCUUCGCUACUUUAUCUGGACCGAAUAUAUGUUUUAUGAGUCCUUCCAGACCAGUGAACCUAACAACAGAAGUUAAGUCAUUCAUAAGACGAAAUACUCCACAGAAAAUCGACUAUGAGGAGCAGCUCGCAGAGAAAAAACAGCAGCUGGAAGAAAAGCAAAAAAGAGAGAGAGAAUUGCAGAAAAAGAAAGAUGAAGAGAAACAAAAAAAGAUUGAAGAGAAAAAAAGAAAACGAAGCCUGCGACUUCGUGAAGCUGCUGAAAAAAGAGAACAACGUCAGCGAGAAGAAAAGGAAAAACAACAGAAACAAGUUGAACAAUGGGAGAAAAGAAUUGCUGAUGCAGACAAAGGGAAAGUUCUUCGCAAGAAAGAAGAAACGGCAAAAAUAAAGAAGAUUAAAAAGAAGCAAGUGGAAGCAGAAGAACAAAGACGUAGAGAAGAAGAGGAAAGGAUACGAAAGAUUAAGCAACAGGAACUGGAAAAAGAACAACGAUUACAAGAGCAUAAAUUGUUAAAAGAACAAGAAGCUGCCAUGAAAAAGCAAGCUGAACAAGAAAAAAUAUUGGAAAAACAAAAACUCGAUAAACUGAAAAAAGAAAAAGAAAUUGCUGAAGAGUUGAGGAAAGAAAAGGAAGAAGUAACAAUGGAGAGAGAGGAAGAAGAAAAAGCAAAAUGUGUGAAAGCAGAAACUGCCGAUAAACUCAGAUUACAGAAAUUGGAAAAAGAAUCUGGAAAGAAAAGGAAAAUACAGGAGGAAAUCGAAAAGAAAAAUGCAGAAGCUGCACGUAUUGAACAAGAACGAAUUGAAAACGAAAAGGAGGCUCAACUCAAACUCAAAGAAGAAGCUCUCAGGCGACAGGAGGAAGCUAUGAGAAGAAAAGAAAAGGAAGAAGCAAGAAAAAGAAAACAUCAAGAGGCGAAGGCCUUGGCAGAAGAAAAAGCCUUGAGAAGAAAAAAAGAAGAAAUUGCUCGAGCUGAGGAGUUUGAGCGUCGAAGGGAAGAAAUAAGAAAAGAAGCCGAAAUGAGACGAGAGGAGGAGAGAUUGCAAAGAGAACAUGAGAAAAAGAGACUUGAUGAAGAAAAACGCAAGAAAAAAGAAAUUGCAGAAAAAGAGAAAUUAAGAAAAAUUCAGGAAUCAAAUGAAAGGUUGAAAAAAUUGGAAGAAGAACAUAAACAGGAGAAAGAAAGAAUGAAAGCAAUGAAUCCUACAACAUUCAAUCAGAGUUUACACCAUACUCCUGGACCUAGUAAUCAGAACUCUACUUUUACAAAGGAACAGAACACAUCUCACCUGCAUGAUUCCCCGCAGUCAUAUGACAUAACUCUACUGCGUAAGAACAAAGUUUUUGCUCCAUCUACAGAAGAUAAUUAUAACAUAGAUGAUAUUGCAAGUGAUGACAGCACUGAUGACGAGGACAAUCCAAGAAAAGUAGUACCAAGAUGGUCGAAAGGUCCCAUGCUUCGUUCUCUGAUCAUUAAGCAAUAUUACACUCCACCCGAUCUGCAAAUUGUAUUUCGCAAUGCUCUUGAAGAGUUGAAAUUGGAGAAAAUAUUCAGAGGAUCAAAAUCUCGGUAUUUUAAACGAACCAGCUCAGCACAUUGGUCCUCGCCUAUCAUGCCACCUGGUCACAUCAGCUUUACAGAUCAAUGUCGGGGCUUUGAUGAUUUGAAGGAUUAAUAAGGAUAUACUUUGAGUGGAUAUGCUGAAUUCCAUCUCGUUUUAAAAUAUAUUUGGAAUUGUCUAAGUCUGCGGUUCUCGAACUUUUUUUUGUGCGGUGCCAAAUUAUCAGGAGAAGAAUGCACUUACACAAAAAAAAAGUGAUGGCCAUAUAAAUAAAACUCAAUUUUAAGAUCCUUAGUGUGUACUUAUGCUCUUUUAAAGUUUGUAAAUAUGUUGACCUAAAGAUUAAAGACAAAGGGUCAACUCUUCUUUCUCAUCUCUGUUCAAUUUUCCUUUAAAAUACUAAAAUAUCACUCAUGUUUGCUAAAUGGGUUCAGAAGAUAAUAAACUACAGCUCGCAGAAUUGCAUCAAGUAGUGUCUACAAUACUUAAAGUCUCCAAUCAUAUAUUAGUUAGGUUUAACGCAAUUCUGUUAAUUUCCUAGGCGCACUUACCAAAUUGCCACAACGGCCCCUCUGGGAACCGCUGGUCUAAAUUGUUUAUUCUCUUUAGCAAAUCCAUCUGGAGUUUGUUGCAAAAAAUGCCAGCUUUGUUUAAGAGGGGGAUUAUUUUAAUUAAGCUGAAGUAGCAUUCAUGAAGAUACAGCUAUAACUUUUUCAGAAGCACACAAUUUUAUUCUUUGUUGCUUUACUGCCUUUUUAAUAUUCCUGACUGCUCUCUCAUAACCUAUUUCUUGUUAUAUUUUCAUUUUUUGUUUUUCAAAUUCUUUUUGUAAAAGAAAAGUAGUCUGUAUCUAGUCGAUGAUGUUCUACAUUCUGCUUCAGAUGUGUUAGGUGAUAUACUAUUUUGGUGUCGCUUGCUUGGCGUAUAAACGUUGUGCAUCACCUUAAUAAUAUACUUGUUUAUUCGCUUUCAUUACACGAGGCAGUGAAGGAAAAGGCUAUUAGUCACUUUACUUCAAAUGUGUUUGACAAUUUCGUAAUUUUACUAUUUUUCAAAACGAUAAGACUUUACGUAAUUUUAUCUACUAUUUCCUUGUAUCGAGAUUCAUUAUAAAUUUGGAUAAGCGUACGUUGGGUAUCUGCCACGCCUAUCAAAAUUAAUUGAUUCAUUUUUAUUAUUGCCCAAUUGUCUUUCAUACUUGUGUAGUGCCUCCUGUUGCAAAUUAGCAUAUCCAAGUAAAAUUUUGUGCUUUAAUGAAUGAGCAUUCAUUAUUCGUUUUGUGCACUUAAUCCAUGCAUGUGAGUCUGAAGGUACAAGUUGCUCGCUUCACGGCCUUGCUAGAACAUGUAAAAUACAUUGAUAUAAAUUGGUAAUACUCUCUUGAACAUUGUCUAUCUGUUUCAUGUAAUGUAAAUUCUUUCUCUGUUCGCUGUUGAACAAUGUUAUUAAACAGCACCAAUGAA